AUUCCGGUAGAGUCUAGAAAAUUCAGUAAACUCGUAAUCAAGCCCGAUCUAAACUUCUUGUAUUCAAAAAGAUUUCCUGGAAUCCUCUGAAGCAGGAUAUCAUCCAACCAAAUCGGACAGCGAAAUGGAUAGAUUCUACGCCGAACGACACUUUCACCACCCAUGGCGCAGCGAAUCUUUGCAACCUGCCGAUUUUUCCGCAUUCUCGACCGCGGGUCACACGUGUCGUCAUUGUGCUUCAGCUCUUAUAUCAACAUCAAGUGUUGCCCCCGAGAGAAUCAAUAGAUGGGUGUCGCUACAUAGCGACCCACUGAAGACACGUCAACGAGGGAGCCUUAGGUGGAGAAAUCUUUUGCCUCAGAGCAUGCGGCAGGUUGCCGCUGCUAACGCUGAAGGAUGCCCAUUCUUCAUCUGGAUAUGGGGACAGGUCGAGAAGUCCAGGACACCGCCUGAGCAACUCUUGCGGACAAGGAUUUGCUUGGUGAUUGAAUCUGUCAAUGGAAUUAUCUCCGACGCUACUAAAUGCUCGGUUUUUCUGUCGACGAGCGACUACUCUUGGAGUCCAACAGGGGGGACUUUUGACAUUGAGUCUGACGCGUGUAAGUUGAGUUUCUAUUGGCGUCAGCGCUCAUUAUCUAUAUGUCUUGCUGAAGCUGAAGCUGUACAGAUGACCCCUGCGCGGAUGAUUCCGUAGGGCAAACCAUAGGACCUUUUCAGAGAGCGGCAUCGCUCAAAUUCGUCGUCGACUCCAGGUAUGCCUUGAAUCACACCCGUCUUGUCGACAAAGAACAGGUACUCGGCCUCUGCGGUUCAUCGAAUUGUCCCCCGGGGACGAGAAAACUGUCCGUAUCAGAGAAGCCCAUAGCAAAAGAGUUGAUCCAUACGUUGCUCUCUCCU